AUGGCGCCCUUGUGCCCCGCUCGUCUUUUCGUUGUCUCGCUGAGUCUCCUCGUCUCGGCGAUCGCUGCGACCUCCAACGCAUCCACGAUCCUUGUCGUUCCCAAUGCCAACUUGACUGGUGGCACCAAGUGGCAGCUCACCUUCGAAGACAACUUCAACACCGUCGACGCCUCGCGCUGGCGGCUUCACAACGACUGCUCCACCAACAACAACUGCGCGCAAAACAAGGAGCUCCAAGUGUACAUGGCCAGCCAAAUCCGUGCCGAGAAGGGCAAACUCGUCAUCGAAGCGACCAACCAGUCGUACACGUCGCCAGCUGCCGGCACACGCCAGUACCGGUCCGGGCGCAUGGACUCGUCCGGCAGCUUUGCACAGCAGUACGGCCGGUUUGAAGCGCGCAUCAAACUUCCAACGGGCCAAGGCAUGUGGCCAGCCUUCUGGCUCAUGCCGCGGGGCGGUCGGUGCUGGCCCACGGACGGCGAGAUUGAUAUCAUGGAGUACAUUGGCAACAAGAAGCCGAAAGCUAUUCACGGCAACUUUCAUUUUGGUCAACAAUGCAGCAAGAAUCUGCACUCGGACGCGUCCGUGUGCGGCACGACGGGCAAAGCCAUUGACGUCGCGCUCAACAACGAGUACCAUGUUUACGCAGCCGAGUGGACGCCCACGUCGAUUUCGUGGUUUUUCGACGGCCACCUCUACUACAAGCUGGAUAGCUCUCAGUGCACCAACAAGGCGCCGUUCUUCAUUCCGGCCAAGCCCUUUUACAUCAUCUUUAACUUUGCCGUUGGCGGCGGAUGGCCCGGCAACCCUACCCCGACCACGAUCUUCCCGCAGCGCUUGUACGUCGACUAUGUGCGCGUGUACAAACAUGUGGGGGCCGUGUCGUUUCCCGUCCUCGGCGACGCUGCUCAGUAUGUGCCUUCGAAUGCUACAAACCGUCCGUAG